GUGAACGUGACACUUACCUCGAGAAAGACCGGUUCAGGGUCGGCCAUUUCAUACCCAGAGACCCGCCGGGCCAUACCUAGCCCGGGAUUUGGCCCUGUCCAAAAUUUGUGGUAUUUGUUGUUAUCACGAAGUACGAGUUCCUCGGAAAGAAUUUCGUAAAUCUGCUGCAGUAUCCAUGUCCUGGAUCUGAAUUGAAGAAUCUGGUCUGCACUCCCUACUCUCUUAAUCAUCAGAUCAAUCAUCUCUUCUCGAAUUUGUUUAGUUCUUCAUCUCUUUCUCUUCGUAUCUUUCUUUCUCUUCGACCUCUUUUUGUUCAAAAAAUGGGUCUCCGUGACAAAUUAGAGUAGGUGGUGGGAUUUUUUUUUCUUCCUCUUUCUGGCUGUGUAUGUCGAGUUGAUUUCUCGCGUUGGCUGCUGAAUUCUGAUUCCGCCAUGAGGAAGAAGCUUGAUACUCGCUUUCCCGCUGCUCGCAUAAAAAAGAUCAUGCAAGCUGAUGAAGAUGUUGGGAAGAUUGCCAUGGCAGUACCAGUUUUAGUGUCUAAAGCGUUGGAAUUAUUUCUCCAAGAUCUUUGUGAUCGUACCUAUGACAUAACUGUGCAAAGAGGGGCAAAGACCGUUAACUCGUUGCAUCUGAAACAUUGUGUGCAUAGUUACAACGUGUUUGACUUUCUUAAGGAAGUUGUCAGCAAAGUUCCCGACUAUGGUCAUUCUGACACCACAGCUGACGUCACAAAGAGAAGGAAAUUAGUUGCCAAUGAAACCAAUGAUAGUGAUGAAGAGUCCAAAAGGAACAGCAUGGACACAAGACACACGAGCAGCGGCAGUGGGAGAGGAAGAGGUCGGGGCAGGGGAAGAGGUCGGGGCCGUGCCAGCCGAGCCACUGAGACUCAUCGUGAGGUGGUUGAACCUAUUGGCUCAACUCCCACCGAAUCUAUUGGCUUCAAAGAGGUCCCUUGUCCAAUAAACACUAAUACCAUCCCCUUGGAAAUGAAGGAAAAGAACAAAGAUGAUGAUACUGAUGGUGGUGGUGUGGCUGAGUCGACCAAAUUCGAUUCGAAUGCCGGAGAUGAAAAAUCAAAAGAAAAGGCUUCAGCUUCUGCUGAUGUCAAACUUGACGAGAUUACCGAAAUGGACAGGAUGACCAUAGACCCUCUUCAUCUCGCACAGCUCGGCUCGAAGCUGGAGGAGGAGGAUGAGGAUUAUGACGAGGAAGGGUAGUUUAGUAAUAAUGGAUUAAUGAGGGGAAAUGGAAGCAGAAGGCCUCAUGCAAUGUGCCUUGAAUUGUAUAUUUGUAUACUCAGGAUGGCCACUUGGAUAUGCCCUGUUUAUUAAUUAACCUAACCUGCAGGUUUACUUUUGUUUUCUUUCCAUGUAAUGUGUAUCGCCUGAUGUAUUUCAUGUAUUGAAUUAGCAUAUGGUACGGAGAGUGGUAAUCCUUUUUAUUUCAAUGUAUCUCAAGCUUUAAUGGGCACGGGGGACAGGUCUCGGGUUGGGGCUCCUUGCAUGUUUAGUUUGUAAAACUCGCAGUAAAGAGUUGAGGCGGGGAAUUAAGGGGAUUUUGGGACGAUAAUAUGAUUACCCUCAUUUUAUUGUUAACCAUACUCCAUAAUGAGGCAUGUUGAUU